AUGGCGCUUGCUAGAAUCCCUACGCAUGUGCAGGAACUGCUCAAAAGUCUUCACGAGCAGUCCGCAACGCAGGAAGCCGCAAUUCCGCUCCAUCAGUGGCAAGCCAUCCGGGACAAAUUUCUAACUGACCCGGAAGGUGCAAAAGCUGAUAUUGAUACGCUUAUGGUUGAUAAGUUUAUUGCCCUCGAUGAAGACAAAUGCCACUUCGCCUAUACACUUCUCCUCGGAAUAGGUGCCAAGACGGUUGGCAUCAGUACGAUCUAUCUUGCCUUGGCCGUAGCAGAGAACGCGAAGGCACAGAAUGGCGCAAAGGCUAUUGUUAUCGCGACCGAAAAGGAGAGUUCCAAGGCUGCGGUGGCCCGGGAAAACUGGGACAGGGCCGGUCCCGAGGUUGAUGAAAUCAUUACUUUGAAAGAAGGGGAUCUGAGAGAUACAUUGACCGGCGAUUUGGGAGUGUCAGAUCAGCCGGUGGAUUUUGUUCUCUUGGACAUUUGGCCUUACGUCGCACUGCCAGCACUACAACUAAUCAUGCCCAGACUCCGCAGAGGGGCAAUCAUCUUGACAGAUAAUAUUAUCCAAGCAGCAGAAGGAUAUGGCGACCUCAUUCAAGUCCUGAGAAACCCUGCAGGACCGUUUCGCAGCGUUACUCUACCUUACAAGGGGGGAAUGGAACUGAGUAUUUAUAGUCCUUAG